UCGGUGUGGACUUCGAGGUGGGACAAGGGGAAGCAUGGAUAUUACAUUUCAAGUUCCAGAAUAAAGCCCAUUGCUCUACACCAAGCACCCAGUCUAUAAAUAAACCUCCAGUUGGAGUUCAGUUGAAGGGUCAGGACAGCUGAGGAAGUGGGCUGUCUCUGGUGUGUCUGAAUACUCUUUUAAAUCCUCUUUCCAGGCUAGAAACUAGAACAGCUUAGUUAUAGAGGAGAUACAUUUUGUUUGAUUUCUUUAGCGCCUGAAAGGCUCUUCAUACUCCUUCUGCCAGGAACGAUGGCUCUGCCUAUAAACCCAGCGGACGAGCCCAGAUUGUACCAGCAGACUCUACUCCAGGAUGGCCUCUAUGACCUGCUGGAGAACGAUAAGCUGGUCGACUGUGUGCUGAAGAUCAAAGACAAAGAGUUUCCCUGCCACCGGCUCGUUCUGUGUGCCUGCAGCUCAUACUUCCGCUCCAUCUUUCUUUCCGACCUGGACGAGAGCAAAAAGAGGGAAAUUAUCCUGGAGGAUGUGGAGCCAGGUGUCAUGGGGCUCAUCGUGAAGUAUCUGUACACCUCCAAGAUCAAUGUGACCGAGCAGAAUGUCCAGGAUAUCUUUGCUGUCGCUAAUAUGUACCAGAUCCCUUCAAUUUUCACUGUAUGUGUGUCUUUCUUACAAAAGCGCCUAAGCCUCAGCAACUGUCUGGCUAUCUUCAGGCUUGGCUUGAUGCUGGACUGUCCCAGAUUGGCCAUCUCUGCUCGAAACUAUGCCUGCGAGCGCUUUCAGCUCAUCUCCAGAGAUGAAGAAUUCCUCCAGCUGCUUCCCAGUGAGCUGGCAGCCAUUUUAUCAAAUGACAAUCUAAACGUAGAGACAGAAGAGGAGGUAUUUGAAGCUUUGAUGAACUGGGUGUCCCGGAACAAAGAGACCAGAGAGAAAGAGCUGCCGAAUUUGUUGGACUGCAUUCGUUUGCGUCUUGUCAAUGAGGACUAUCUGAGAGAAAAAGUGGAGAAACACAAACUUAUCUCCUCUAACCCCGAGUUGCAGCAGAAACUCCAGCUGGUUAAGGAUGCCCACGCUGGGAAAAUGCCAGAAGUUAAAAAAAGAAAAAGCAAGGAGGAGGAGGAUGGUGGAGCAGGGAAUGAUGGAGAGAGUGACGAUAAAGAUGAUGAAGAGGGCCUUCUCCCAAGCAUUCUGAAUGAUAAUCUUCGAUUUGGGAUGUUUGUCAGAGACUUGAUCCUGAUGGUUAAUGAUGCUGGCGCUGUGGCCUACGACCCAACGGGGAACGACUGCUUUCUGGCAUCACUUUCCACACAGAUUCCCAAAAACCACGCCAGCCUGGUGACCAAGGAGAACCAGAUCUUUGUGGCCGGAGGAUUAUUCUUUGAUGAACAGAACAAGGAUGAUCCACUGUGCUCAUACUUCCUGCAGUACGACCCGGUCAGUGCCGACUGGCUCGGCAUGCCUCCCCUGCCUUCUCCCCGUUUUCUGUUUGGAAUGGGCGAGGCUGAGAACUCCAUCUUUGUUUUGGGAGGAAAGGAGCUGAAGGAGCAGGAGCACAUGCUGGAUUCAGUCUUGGUAUACGACAGACAAUCCUUUAAAUGGGGCGAGUCAGAGCCGAUUCCAUACCCAGUUUACGGCCAUACAACAUUAUCUCAUAAUGACACUGUAUACGUGAUUGGAGGAAAGGGAGACAACAAGAGCUGUCUAAAGAAGAUGUGUGCCUACGACGCCAAGCGUUUUGAAUGGAAGGAGCUCGCGCCCAUGAAGCACGCACGCUCCUUAUGUGGAGCCACCGUUCAUGAAAACAAAAUAUACGUGGCAGGAGGCGUCACUGACAACGGCCUGACAGACACUAUGGAGGUGUAUGAUAUCGCUACCAACAAGUGGUCAGACUUUGUGCCGUUUCCUCAGGAACGUAGCUCCCUGAAUCUCGUGUCGUUGGCUGGUUCCCUCUACGCCGUUGGAGGUUUUGCCAUGAUGCCUAUAGAGGACAGCGAAGAGGUUCUUCCUAAAGAGAUGAACGACAUCUGGAGGUAUAAUGAGAUGGAGAAGAAGUGGAAUGGGAUCCUGAAAGAAAUCAAGUACGCCUCAGGGGCUUCAGUUUUGGGGGUGCGACUGAAUACCUUGCGUCUCACCAAGAUGUAAAACUCCCUCCAGUCCCCGUUUAUGAACAUGAACCUGUUUAGUUCACAGUUGUUGUACCAGAGUCCAAAGAACGGUUCAGGGCCACAGACAUCAAUGUUCAGCUCAAUGUGUUCAUUGUUCUCUUCCGUUUUAUUUUACGCAUUUGAUUUUUUUGUUGUAGCUUUUCUAAUUAUAACAAAUUAAUACUGUGGAUUUGGUUUUUUGUUUCUUUUUGAUCUAUAAUAAUUUUAUAUAUGUCUUUCUACAAGUUUAAAUCUGAUUCAGACUAAAACUACAGAGUCAGUAACCUAAAGACACCUGUUGCACUGUGUGGAAUAAAUCAAAAUAUUAAAGUGUCUAAAUCCGACUGGAAAAUAUAAGCAUUUCCCAACAGAUGGCAGCAAAGUUGCCAAAAAAAAGCACUACUGUAAUAUAAAAAACAAAACACAAAGACACAUCUGAAUUUGCAAUAAUAUAUCUAUACUGUUUAAUAUUGAAAUGAUUUCAUUACGCUCUGUUGUGUUACAGACAGUAAACACUAGUCAAUAAUACAAUAAAAGACAGAAAAUACAGUCUAAUGUUAUUAGCACCUCUAGACACUACUGUCCUUGUACUGUUUUUAGUAUUUUAUCAUAGCUGAACGUGACGACUACUGCCUACACAUGGGCUUUGUACACCAGAGUUAACUAAGUUGUAGUGUUAACAUUAUAGAGAGUCAGCAAAUAACAGUACACAUUAUGGUUUCUUUAACACCGCUGCAGUAUGAGUAAGGGAAAUGCAAUGUGAUGCGAAUGUGAAUAAUACAGCUUUGAAUAGACUAUGGCAUUGAUGCUUAUGGUUACCAUCACAUGUAGCUUCACUCAAAAACAGGGGAAAGCCACCAUAAAACAUAUAUUAAAAAAAAAAAAACAACAACUAAACUUUCUCAUGCAAAAAUGACACUUGUUUCCCACU